AUGAGGUCUUUAUUCUCUCUUUUCCCCCUCUUCUUCUUCCUGUUCACCUUCCAUGGUGCAACAGGCAACAAGCUAAUCCGAAACACCUGCAAACUAAUAUCAAAGGACACUCCAAAAGUGAAGUAUGCGUUCUGUAAGACUUCACUUGAAGCAGCUUGGGACGAGGACUACUACCCUAGUCUCGCAACCAUGGGGUCCGUGACACUUGAGCUCAUUAUGAAGAACGUGACCAACACAAAGAGCUACAUUGAAGAUUUGAAGGAUGAUACUUCAGAGCCAGACCUCAAUGCAUGCUUGAGUGACUGUUUGGAACUUUACUCCAAUACCAUCAGUGACCUAGAAGAGGUGGUGGAUGACUACAAGUCCCGGAAGUACCAGGAGGCUAGUGAAGGAACAAAUGCAGUACUCACUUCUCUUACCACUUGUGAAGACAGGUUCAAGGACAGAGGCCUGGCUUCUCCGCUAAUGGAAAGAAACAAUGACGCAUUUCAGUUGUCUACAAUAGCAGUUAACAUUCUGAAAAUGCUUAGCUAA